UUUUGCUUCUAUUUCCUGCUACGUUGAUAUUAAUGGUGAACAGUUACUUUAUAACGUUAUUGUUUUUGGGAUUUGUAGGUUUUUUCCAUACUUCUUAUACACAUGAUAAUCAUAUAAAUACCCAAUUGGUCUUGAGUACGUCUCAGCAUUUGACAGGUUCUGACAUUCUUUCGCAACAUAGUAAUAUCAAUGAUGGAAAGAAAUCUAUCAAACAGUUUACAGGUGGUGAUACUUUGGCUUAUGUGACUCCUUGGAAUAAUAAAGGUUACGAUAUUGUCAAAAAGUUCAAAGGAAAAUUUGAUUAUGUUUCUCCUGUUUGGUAUAAUAUUCAAUCUCAACAGGAACGGUUUUUGAUCACUGGUGAACAUGAUGUUGAUAGAUCAUGGAUGGAACAAGUGAAAGGGAAGACUGCAUCUGGUGAUCUAGUGGGCAAAAUCGUACCUCGGUUUCAACUUGAAGGAUGGAAAUUGGAAGAUUAUCAACGUUUCAUUAAUGACAAGAAGAAAGCACAUCAGUUGAUAGAUUUAAUCAUGAAUCAAGUCAAACGAUACGAAUACGAUGGCGUGGUACUUGAAGUUGGUUAUCCUGUAGCACUUUUGUAUUUUCUGGAACACAUCUCACGAACACUUCAUGAAUUUAACAAGGAAUUGAUUAUCGUAUUACCUCCAUUACGACAAGAAUAUCAACAAAUGAUCACAGCAGAUAUUUAUCAACAUAUGGCGACAUUUGUGGAUCGAUUCAGUUUGAUGACUUAUGAUUAUUCGAGUUACCGCGCUGAUGGUGGACCGAAUGCUCCUAUUGAUUGGAUGAUGGACAAUAUUAUUGGACUUACAAAUGAAAAUAAUCGUCAUCAAUUACUUUUAGGAAUCAAUCUUUACGCCAUGUCAUAUCUUCCUACAAGGCCACCACAACCACUAGUGAUGAAUCAAGUAUUAGAAAGGUUGGCAGCACCACGAGAUACUUUAGAUGAUAACGAGACAGUCAUCAAUAUAGAAUGGGAUCAAGAGAGCGAAGAACAUUGGUUUGAAGAUCAGGAUGAAGAUGGAAUUAUACAAGGAAUCAUAUGGAUGCCGACAAUUAAGUCUCUUCAACGACGAAUUCAUUUGGCAGAAGAUUAUCAAGUUGGUUUAUCAUUAUGGGAAGUUGGUCAAGGUUUAGAUUACUUUAUGAGCUUAUUCUCGGUAAUUAUAAUGAACCGAAAAAGAAGGUCAGCGAGUUUGAAAAGUUUUGCAUUAAUAGCCUUACUUGGUGGAUUCAUCUCCAAUGUGGUAGUACAUGGAGCUAUGGAAGAAGAAGAAGAUGAUGAUGAUUCACCUAGUCCCAAGAUGUAUCCUCCUUUACCACCUAUUAAAGGUCCAUAUAUUGCACCCAUCACACCUAAAUACAACUAUGCCGAAGUCAUUCAUAAAAGUUAUUUAUUUUAUCAUGCUCAAAAAUCGGGUUAUUUACCUUAUCAACGUAUGGCUUGGAGAGGUGAUUCUUGCAAAGUCUGUGUAGGCAAAUAUGGUGAAGACUUAUCUCAUGGUUGGUAUGAAGCUGCUAAUACAAUGAAAUGGGGUUUACCUUUUGGUUGGACUGCCACUCAAUUGGCUUUCAACAUUGUAGUCUUUGGUGAUGCUAUGAAAGCUGUGGAUGAAUUGGCUGAAGGUCUUGAAUUACUAAAAUGGGGAGCGGAUUAUCUUAUCAAUGCUCAUUAUAACGAUACUCAUGUGGUAGGUCAAUUAGGAACAUCAGCUCUUGGACCUAUCUCUAAAUUGAUUGAACUGGAUGUGGAUUUCAACUAUUGGGGACCACCUGAAGAAUAUGAACAAUGGGUUCCUACUGGAUUACCUCACGAAGCGUCUUACAUUACUCCUGAUAAUCCAUCGUCUGAAAUCAUUGGUGAAUAUAGUGCUGCCAUGGCUGCUAUCUCGAUUGCUUGGAGACCUUACGACGAAGCUUUUGCUGAUGAUCUUGUGGAUCGUGCGAAAAGACUAUUCAAACUGGCUACUGAACAUCAAGGAAGUUAUGUAAGUUCGAAUGACAAUGCAUUCCAGUGGGCGACAUUCUGGUACCCUUCAACUCAUUAUGUGGAUGAAUUAGCAUGGAGUGCUGCUUGGAUCUAUGCUGCUACCAAGGACCCUGACUGGUUGGACACAGCAAAAGAAUGGUAUCUUAAAGCUUCGGAUUCUUUUACUGAAUAUUCUUGGGAUGAAAAAGGUGGUGCCUUACAUGUCUUGCUCUAUCUAUUCACCAAAGAAGAAAUGUUUUAUACCAAUUCCAUGGAAUAUUUCAAUCAAUUCUUACCCAAUCCAAAUCAAAUCGUCAAGUAUACUCCUCGUGGUCUAGCUUACAUCGAACAUUGGGGUUCUGUUGGUUACUCUGGUAAUGUGGCUUUCUUGAUGUUAGCUAUGGCCAAAGCAAUGGAUUACAAAGGUACAGAAGCAGAACAGAUGGUCACUUUUGCUACACAACAAAUCAACUAUGCUCUUGGCGACUAUGGUUACUCUUGGGUAGUUGGAUUUGGUGAUAAUUUCCCUUCCAAGCCCUAUCACAAGUCAUCCUACAAUAGUUACAUUGAUUAUCCUAUGCGUGGUGAAUUCCAAGAUAAAGUGGAAAAGGACUUUUCUGAAAGCAAAACAGGUCAACGAUUCAUUCUUUAUGGUGCUGUUGAAGGUGGACCUAGUGUGGAUGAUAGCUGGUAUGAUGAUCGUUCCAACUAUGAAUACUCUGAAGUCACACAAGAUUACAAUUCAGCUUGGACUGGUGCUAUUGCAGGUUUAAUUGAUUAUUAUGGUGUGGACAAGUUUGAACCUUAUACUGAUUGUGGUCUUGAUCUUGGUUGGUCUCAUCCUAAUGCAUCUACUCCUCCUGCCUGGCCAGCAGAUGAUUGUUAUCACACUUGCAACAAAGGAUGUCCUCGUGGUGAAAUGGCUUCAUCUUAUUCUUGGAAGUUAUUGAUGAAUCCUCAGGCGGCCGAAACAAUGAUAGACACUCUUUAUCCCGGACAAGGUGCUGCUCGUGCUUUUACAGUGACUGGUGGAAAUAGUAUCAAGCAACAAGCUAAACCAAACGAUCAAGGUGAAAAACAACAAGUUGAUGAUGAAAACGGCAAAACAGAAGGACACAAAAAGAAAAAGCAUCAUCAUCAUCAAAAAGACAAGAAACAAAAAACAUCUACUGCCAAUCCCUCUCCUUGUUCCUCCUAUGUGGUGUCUGUGUUGGCCGCUCUUAUAUCCUUGAUAUUUAUUCGUUGAAGCAAUUGGCAUCUUUUUUUUUAUCAUUAUCUUUAUUUUUAUUAUUAUUCAUUUAGUUUAGAUUUAUAUGUACAAUUAGUUUAGUGGACAUUUUUUUUACUGUUGUUAUUUGACGACUCAUUAGAUCGAAUAAAGGAAAACAUGUUGUCUACAA